AGUGUCUGCUUCGCAUGCUGAAAGUCCUGGGUUCAAAUCCCAGCAUCUCCAGUGACUACCUUUUGAUUUGACAAUUUAAGCUAAAUUUUCUGAUUUUUAGAAUGAAUGACAAUAAAUUGAGUCAUCAAGUUAAAAAUUACUAAUUCUGAUAGUGGUUAGCUGCAUUCUUGUCUGGUUGGUGUUGCAGUGCCGAAAAGUGAACGGACAAACAAGGAUACACCGAUUUUGUGGCGCAAUGGCUACAUUUGUGCUGUCUGCUGUGCGAACUCUUCAAAACAACUUUGGGCGACAUAAAUAUUUUCUUGGAUCCAUUCACGAUUUCCACUCCACUAAUAAAAGCUCGGCUGAAGUGUCUGCAAACCUAUCACAAUCCAAUAAAGCUGAUUUAGAACUCAGCGAUACGUGUGUGAAGAGACUACAAGAGAUAGCUACUGAAGGGAGUUUCUUACGAGUUACUGUCGAAGGAGGCGGGUGUUCAGGAUUUCAAUAUAAAUUCGAGUUGGAUUCCAAAACAAAUGAAGAUGACAGAAUAUUUUCCAAAGACGGAGCAAAAAUAGUCAUCGAUGAUGUUUCUUUGGGGUAUGUGAAGGGCUCUGUGAUAGAUUUCCACACGGAGCUUAUAAAGUCUGCCUUCCGCAUAAUCAACAACCCCAUGGCAGAACAAGGAUGUUCAUGUGGAGCAUCAUUCUCUAUAAAAAUAUAGGUGGUAUAUUAGUCAGUGCUAGUGCAACAUACAAGCAGACUGACUAUCCAUUAGAAAAAUAACAAAUAAAUUAUGGUUGAUAUAGAAGUACACAUUUAAGUAUAUAAUAUUAUUUCUAAUAAAGGCUGUGAAAUUAUUA